UCAUUGAUGUCACUGAGCUAAGAUGGUGUUACCUUGCUCCCUGUGGCUCCUUUCUGUCUGUCUUUUGUCUUGGUGUUGUGAUGCCAAGUUGCCUGUGGCUCUGGACCCUGAGUCAGAAUCAGUCCCAAAACCUCCAGUGCUCAAGACUGCAACAGAGAUCGCUGCAAUCGUGGUUUUCAUGAAAACCUCUAACGAAACACCGAAAUCUGGAACUUAUGGCCAGUCUCUACAGGAUGGGAAGAAUAAGAUAAAGGAUGUUGAGAAGGAAGUCCUGGAUGCUUGUUCCCAACUGUGUCAGAGUCUUGCUCAGGAUCCUAACUUGCACCAUGGCUACAUUCUUAGGGCAUACUUCAAGGAACACCAAUUCCUGUGUUGUUUCUGAUGUGUGUCUAAGGGAAUGGAUGAUUCUCUGGAACUGAAUUUACAGACAGCUGUGGGCUGCCAAGUCACUUCUGGGAAUGAAACUGAAGACCUGUGGAACUUAACUAACUUAAGAGCCUCUGCUCUCAAUUGAUGUAUUUCUCUCCAAGCCCAACUUUCAUUUCUUUAUCUGAAUUAUUUAGCUUUCUAGUCUGCAUCAACAUGACAUUUUCAUUUUCUGUUUUAAAAUUGAGUCUUCCUUUCUAUCCCAGUCUGGGAUCAGAAUUUACAACACUCCCGUAUUGGCCUUCCAAGUGCUAGUGAAAUACCAAAGUUCAGACUCCAUUUUUAAAAACUUGACCUAAAUUUGAACUCAAGUAAACUAACAAGGAAGUACCAACAUUAGUUUCCAAGUUGCCCCAUAAUAAAACCUCAUCCUAGCUCCAGUCUCUAGGUUAAUGCUCAACAAGAGCAGUGUCUCCAGAUUAUUCCUCCAACACAGCUGCACCCCAGAUUACAAACUUACCCCUUGCCAAAUGACCAAUAAUACAAAGGGGAGAAAAAGUUAAGUUUAUGAUAUGAUUCCAAUCAACAGCCAAUUAUGUUAAAGAUCAUAGUAGCUUUCCAUUUAGAUUAACACACACAUAUUUGCUGCUUGCUGCUUACUAAAAAGCUUUGCUCUAAUAGACAUUCAUGGCUCCCUCACUAGCAAAAAUGUCCUGCAUGACUGCAGUUCAUUUGGAGGGCCUGAGCUAGCUCAAAUAGAAUAAAGACCCUGCUGUGAAUUGC